CGAGGUUUGACCCCCCCGCCUUCCUCAACUCCACCGCAAUUGAGUGAAGGCGGAGAACCAUCACUGGACCGGCCAAGCUCGCAUUCGGAUACGGGUCUUGACUUUGAUCUGAGUAAGCUACAGGUACACGUACUGUUGGUGCAAGUGGAGAGGAAACGCAUCAAUGGAAACAAGGGCCCAGCCAGUGAUUGUAGACCAUCGUGGGCUAGCCCCCAAUGCCCUCCCAAGUCCCAACGAACAUCCCAAGUUACCCCGCAACAAGGUACACAUAUAAGAAGUCAGCUUCCUUCCGAAUGCUUUGGGUACUUGAUCUAGGGUAAUGGAAAUCGUUGCUUUCUGUAGUCUCAAACUCGCGUGUUAGCAUAACUAUACCCAACCCGUCUCAACAACACAAUGGCCUCCGCUCAAGCCAAGACCGUCAUUGUCACAGGUGCCGCCGGCGGCCUCGGCAAGGCCAUUGCAGAUGCCUUCCUUGCAGCGGGAGCAAACGUUGUCAUCUGCGAUGUCAACCCCCAACGCAUCGCCUCUGUCGACGAAGAGUGGGCCAAGUCCUAUGCCGGCAGAUUUCUGACCCAGCAGGCCGAUGUCACGGACGAGGCCGCUGUGCAGAAGCUCAUUGACGCUGCCGUCACCAAAUUUGGCCGCCUCGAUGUGCUCGUCAAUAAUGCCGGCGUCAUGGACGACUUUUCCCCCGUGGGGGCUUGUUCCAAGGAGAAGUGGGAUCGUGUCCUGAACAUCAACCUGAACGGGCCCUUUCUCACGACCAAGGCAGCCAUUGCCCAGUUUGAAAAGCAGGAGGCCCCUGUGCGUGGUGUCAUUAUCAACAUUGGCUCCAACGCCAGCACCCACGGCUUCAAGAGCGGCGCUGCCUACACCGUCUCCAAGGCCGGCGUCAUGGCCCUGACCAAGAACACGGCCGGCUUCUACGGGGACAAGGGCAUCUACUGCAUGGCCCUGCUGCUUGGCGGCAUGAACACCAACAUUAACGACGCCUUUGCGGCAGGGUUGAAUAUGGAAAUGUUCCAGAAAAUCCAGGCCUCACAAACGCCCUUUACGCCCGAGAAAUUUGUGCCCAUCGAGAGCGUGGCCAAGUACUGCCUCUUUCUAACCGACAAGGACAUUGCGCCCAGUGCAAAUGGUUCCUGCAUUGUGUUCAACAACAACUGGCCUGAGGCGUAGGGAGGCAUGGAUGGGGCACAGGAUAUAGAGCUCGGGUUCGCCUGGAAAGAUUUUCAGGGGUGUAAACAAACGCCACCCGUCUAAGAUUUGGCCCAAUCGCAUUGUGAAUCCAGAGAUGAUCAUUAAGUACCAUCGUACCCCGAGAAGAAUAUAAGCCCCAUUUCAUUCCGACCAGCGGCAUGUUGCCUCUGACAGCGAUCCAAAUCAUCCAUACCAUCACGAGUGCUGGUGGGCGCCCUCCAUUACGUCG